AUGGGCCAAGCAGCGGACAUAGCUAUCCAAGUCGUGAUAAAGAAGUGUCAGACUUCUUUCUCCCCCAAGUCGAUCUGCCUUAACAAUCUAGAAGUUGCUACGCGUCUUCCAUCUCCCUCCACAGGAUCUUCUCAAGAAGUCUUUGAAUCCUUCUGCACACUUGUAGCCGCCUGGCCACUCCGCGAAAGGCUUCCUUACACCAAAAGCAGCUCUAUCCAAAUACGAUGGGUCCCUGGACACGCAAAAAUCCCCGAAAAUGAGGCGGCUGACCUCGCUGCCAAACAAGGCGCCGCCUCAACCUCUUCUCCUCCACACAAAUCCUCAUAUGCCUCGCUAAAGAGGUAUGCCAAGGCUCGAGCCCUUACUGCUGCUCAGACACUAUGGCAGAGCGUGGCACCGCAAACGUACCAAGACCUAGGAAUCACCACAUCUCCCAAGCACCCAGGAGAGCUCCAACUCAAUCGACUAGACCUCGGCCAUAUUAUCGCGGCCCGAACUGGACAUGGAGACUUCGCGGACUACCAUAAACGAUUCAACCAUAAUAAUGCUCAUCUUAUCUGCCGAUGCAGAGCACGAAAACGACGAGCCUCUCGUCCUCCUAGGCCCCCCUCUGAGGUCAUCUCGUUUCUUCUAGGCACUGCGAAAGGAGCACAAAGGCUGGCCACAUGGCUAGCAGAGACACAUUUCUUUGAGGACAUCUGCCCUCGCCAACCUCCCCUUAGCACCUAG